AUGGCCAGCAUCCCACGAGGAACACAGGCAUUCGUCUGUAGUCGUUGCAACUACGAGCUGUGCUUUGAGUGUGCAAGAAAGGCUCUCGUCCUGCACAACUCCGGGAAACCUGCGAUUACAGAUACCCGCAUUCUCCUCCGAAACGUUGACACUUUACUAGAGGAUAAAGAUACUCUCUCGGAUACGUGUCGAAGAUGGUUCAAUACAUACGAUGUUAAUAAGGACGGGUAUCUAAAUUUCACGGAGCUCACAAACUUGUGCGGGCAGCUUUUGGGAGAUCUGGAGGUGCCUGGCCUUGACACUCAAAUGGUCGAACAGUACAUGAAGAAGUAUGACGUGGAUGGGGACGAGCGGUUGACACCAACGGAAUUCUUCGAACUGUUCGUCCGCCUAUUAGUCAAAGCGAAGUCGCUCCACGCGCCAGUUGCGGUUAGACGAGAAGCUCUCGUAGGAAAGAGAAGCAAGGGAUCUCCGUCCGCCCGAUACUCGCUGAAGGAAGAUCUCGGUCACGGCUCUUUCGGAGUCGCAAAAAGGGUAAUUGAUAAAAUGACGAAAAAAGAACGAGUGAUGAAGAUUAUCAGUAAGAAUGCAGGCCAUUCCACGCAAGAGGAGUUGGAGCUCGAAAUUGAAUGCAUGAAGAAGAUGGACCACCCGCAUAUCCUCAAGUUGUUCGAAUACUAUGAAGAUAGAAACAAUAUGUAUAUCAUCACGGACAUAUGUGAGGGAGGUGAUUUACUCAAAGUGAUUGAAGAGGCACAUCGUAGUAGAAUACGGAAGCCGCUGACAGAGAGGUGGAUCUGUGCCGUUUUCCGCCAAGCUCUCGAUGCUGUCGCUCACUGCCAUUCGCAUGGAUUGAUUCAUAAGGACAUCAAAGCGGAGAACGUCCUUUUGAUGAACCGCGUCCCGCCGGGGAAAAGGCAGAAAAUCCACGAGAUGGAGCCUCAUGUGAUCCUCAUAGACUUUGGUUUAGCCGAGCUUUUCGAUCCAACGAGAGCAUUUCAGUCCAAAGUGGUUGCCGGAACUCCUUACACGAUGGCGCCUGAGAUACCCGUUAUGCCGAAGGGUAAUCAUGCUAGAGAAUGGCUACGGGCCAUCGAGAAAGGGCCUGACUGGCCUGUGUUGGAUACUUCUGGUGCAUCCCCAGAAUCUAGGAAGCUCGUCAGAGAGAUGAUGUGGUGA